CGCGCUUUCUUUUAAGUCGGGGGGCCGAAAUGUGUUAAGCCGAUUUCAAGGGUUUCAAGUAAUUUACCCUUUUACGAAAUUCGGUACUAUUUUUUUUUUUCCUUGACAAAAAAAUUUAGGCCAAAAUACUUCAAAGUGAGUUUUGAUCAGAAGAGAAUCACCGAGCAAAGAGCAACUCAACAGACACAGAAGAAGAAGAAGCAGCAGCACAAGGCCAUUAAUGGAUUUUGCAGAGCAAGAGGUUGAUUUAUUUGGGGAAGACUACGAGGAGGAUCAAGAAGAUAGAGAGAACAAUGGUACCCGUAGAUCAUCUCCCUCUUCCUCUUCUUCAUCAUCUUCCUCUGGUUCUUCGUCAUCAUCGGCGGCUUCAUCUUCAUCCAACAGUAGCGAUGGUGGAGACAGCAGCAGUGCUAGUGGGAGCGCUAGCAGCAGAGGGGAAGAAGAGGAUGAGAAUGGUGAAGAAGUAGAAAAUAAUGAAGAGGAAGAAGAUAGAGACCUUUUUGCCUCUGAUAAUGAAGAUUAUGUAAAAACCCCUGCUGUUAGCCCUUAUUCUAUUCCUGUGUUGCCUGUCAUACGCAAUGUCAACAACCAGGGUCGCGGGAAUUUUGGACGUGGCCGUUGGCAAAAUGAUAGAGGAGUAGGCCUUCUUCCUCGACCUGGAUUUCCUCCACGUCAAGGCUAUGGCUAUGGUUCAAAAUUUUCAAAUGGACAUCGUGAUGAACGAUUUGUUUCUGACCUCAAGUUCUCAAAGAGUGAGGAAACAUUAUCGAGAAAAAUGGUUGCAUUUCAGGCGCCAUGUGAACUUGCUUGCUAUAGUCGUGUAGAAGGUGGAGACGUCUGCUUUGAUGAUCGGAGCUUGAGGCUUUUUAGGCGUUAUAUUUCUGAAGACAUCGGAGCAGAUCUAAAUGAGGGCUUUGAUACUUUCAUUGAGAAAAAAGAUUUGGGCUCUGAAGGAUUUGGCGACCUUCUUGGUUGCAUAAGGGACAAAAAUAUCAUGCUUCAAAAUAUGCAUUUUGUGACUUUCCGUAACAACCUGAAUAAGAUAUUGGCAACUGCUUAUAUUCGACACGAGCCUUGGGAAAUGGGGGUGCACAAAAGGAAUGGUGUUGUCUAUCUCGAUGUGCAUAAAUUGCCUGAAAGGCCACAAAGUGAGUUGGAUCGCCGAAGAUGUUAUUGGGGAUAUUGUUUUGAGAGCCUAGCCACUGAAGAUCCUAGGAGAGCUGAUGGGGAAGGGAUACAUCAUGUUGAUGCCAAUGUUGAGUACUGUUCUGUGCUUAAAACCAAAUUAGGGGCUCAUCGUAUUCUGAUGGGUGCUGAAAUGGAUUGUUGUGAUUCAACUGAUGAUGGGAAGAGGUUUUAUGUGGAGUUAAAGACAAGUCGUGAGCUGGAUUACCAUACUGAGGAAAGAUUUGAGAGAGAUAAACUGCUCAAAUUCUGGAUUCAAUCAUUCUUAGCCGGGGUUCCUUAUAUUGUUAUUGGUUUCAGGGAUGAUGCUGGUCGACUUGUCCGCACAGAGAGACUUACAACUAAGGACAUAACAAACAGGGUAAAAGCGAAGAACUAUUGGCAGGGUGGUGUCUGCCUAGCAUUUGCAGAUGAGGUAUUAUGCUGGCUCUAUGGAACAGUCAAAGAAAAUGAAGAUUACAUUUUGCAGUUUGCUCCACCUUUCAAUCGUUUAGAGCUCCUGCAAGCCCAAUCUUGCCCAGAUGCAAUUACUAACCAUGUUAUGCAAUUGUAAAGCAUUAUGGGAAAAUGUUGCUUUAAUAAUUAGAACACAGAUUUAAAAGGGGUUAAGCUUUUUCCACUGAAUAUUAUAGUAAUUUCGCAAACACCAUCUUAGCAGAUCAUUCCUGUGUCAAUUACCGUGAGUUGGCUUCACUGAAUGCUGGAGGUUCCCUUAUUUUUCUUUCUUUUUUUUUUUUAAACCACAGACGACCUUUUACCAUUGUAAAUUUAUCUCAAGACACAAGAAAAUAAUAUAGUUUAUGGAUUUAUAUUUUUGGCUCAUUAAA